UCAGCCAGCAGAACAGAGUUCCUGUUGUGGAGGACUUUUUUGUUGUUUCUCCCCCUCCUCUCUCUCCCCUUUCCCAGUGUGUGUGGAGGGAGGGAAACCCAUUUUCAGUUUCUCCAACACACCUUGGAGGAUGUUACACACACGUGGCAAUGACCAGUGAUUCCACAGUGCCGCCUGCCGACCAGCAUAAAGAGCUGCAGGCUCUGACUUUCCAGUGAUCCAAUGGCACCAUCUGGUGACUGGCACAGGACGCUACAAGCUCUGCAUCUCUGGUGAUCCAACAGUGUCCCCUGUUGACUGUGGGAGAGCCCAGCUGGUUCUGGGGUCUCUGUAAGCUGAGGAAUCGAAGAUGGAACAUCUACACCUGGCAAGAUGUCAGCCACAGACAGAAAGGACUGUGACACAGAAUGUGUUUCCUGUCAAGAAUGCUGAGUCAUUGCAUUCAGACAUGUGUGGAUGUAUGUCCAAUGGUGGGUUAUUUAUGUUACUAACAAACCAAUGGUGUGUGUACAUGUGUCACCAAAAACUGUAUAAAGUAUCUGCACAGCUGUAAUAAAGAAUCCUGGUCCCAGUAUCAAAAAACCGUGUCGCUUCCACCUCUACUGCAACAUAUGGUGACCACAACACGAUUGCGAAGGAAAAGAGAAGAGACAAGAUGAUUUUGAAGCAAACAAAGAAUUGCUUGGAGUGCGCAUCGGCGGGAUUUCCCGGGAAGCUGCUGCCAGGAGGACCAGAUGGCCACUGGCCCCCCUGAUCCUUUUCACCACUUCUCGACUCGAGAGAUCGUACACCGCUGAGCUCUCCCUUUUGCUGUUGCUGAGGCUUUUUUUGCUGCUAAGUUAUCGAGCACGUAACCCCACAGGCAGCACGUCCAGCCCCUGUCCCGCUUCACUCGACUCCACUCCGCUGCCAGCUUUUCCCACAGUGCAGCCCCGCUCCAGGCCAGAGCGUUCGUCAUCUCACUCUGCUUUGCAGCUGCAGCCCUACGGAAACUGCGUAGCUUCGUGCGCAAACUGCGUGGCUGAGUACGCAACCAGCGUGUUGCUGUACACAAGCUGCACAGCUCCCGCUCCUGACAUCGCAGCUCUGCGCAGCACACCAGCCCACUCUGUGCCCAGUUCACACCCCUGGCUGUGUGUGCAACAGCUAAGAACACACCUUGAACAUUCCCUGACUCAGCAGUGCCGUCCGUUCCAAGUGGCCCCGGCUCUGUUGCUCCCACAGCCACCUGGCAGGCAAACUGCUGAGUGAGCCCUGUUUGCCCCUCCCCCCACUCAACUUGGACUGUUGCGAAACAUUCUGUAUCCGGGCAACCGCUGCUUGUCAGCUCUUGGUUGCUGAAGGCAGCAUUCCAGCUAUCGUUCAGCUUCCCUUUUUCUUUGCUCUGCUUGUAACUCACGUAAGUAACUCCUGAAGCAAUCUGGAGAUAUUUUCAUCCCUGUGAGGACGGGGAGGCAGUUGCCGAUUGCUGCCUGGGGGUGGAUUCCAGGUGUAGCAUUUGAGAGCAGUGGUAAAGGUGCAAAAGGGGGCUGGCCCCAUAAUUAGACACCUGGUUUAAGGCAAAGCUACCUAGAAAAAUGGGUUCCACACUUAGCAAGCGUGGAAUCAAGUUAGAUGCCCUGCUCCUACAAAAGAUGCUUAAAUGGAGCAGAGACCAGGGAUUCCAGGUGACUUCUGAAGUUGCUUUCAGUGUGUCUGUGUGGGAUGAAUCGGGCUAAUGUUUGUUCGAAAGUUCCACACAUGGUGACAAGGGAGCCAUGGAGUUAUUAACUUCCUGGCACCUGCUUUUUGAAACACUGAAAGACUUUAACAAGUCAAAACUACCAGAAAUAAUUCGUAAAAAAAAAAAAAAAAAAAAAAGGAUGAAUACCUUCCUGUUCAGCUGAAUUUUGAGGAGUAGUAUUCUUAUCCUCCAACAGACCGCUCUCUACCUGCCUGUUGCACAUGCACAAGUUACAUAAGCAACUCAUUCAUGGACAUUCAGCAAUGAGCAGAAGAAGGUAUGGACAUUCAGCAAUGAGACGAAGGAAUACCAUUCCUGUAGACUGAUAAAAGAAGGACUGUUGGGGUUGAUUCUUUGCCUAUGUGUGUAGUUGUAUUGUAUUAUUGAUAUUGCCAUGUCUCUAAUGCAUGGGCCCUGCAUCGGAUGAUGCUGGCAUUUUCUAUAAUACAAAAGAGGGGGAAUUGUAGGGGAACCCAGCUGGUUCUGGGGUCUCUGUAAUCUGAGGAAUCGAAGAUGGAAUGUCUACACCUGGCAAGAUGUCAGCCACGGACAGAAAGGACUGUGACACAGAAUGGAUUUCCUGUCAAGAAUGCUGAGUCAUUGCAUUUAGACAUGCAUGGCUGUAUGUCCAAUGGUGGGUUAUUUAUGUUAUUAAUAAACCAGUGGUGUGUGUACAUGUGUCACCAAAAACUGUAUAAAGUAGCUGCACAGCUGUAAUAAAGAAUCCUGAUCCUGGUAUCAAAAAGCCGUGUUACUUCCACCUCUACUGCGACAGUUGACUGUGGUUAGAAUUGCACCAAAGGCCACAAACUGAACUGUUUACUUUUUUUCCUUUGCUUGUUUAUUGGUUUGUUUUGAAGGGGAUUAUUUGUGGGUUUGGUUGUUUUACUUGUUUUCUUUUGUUGUUUCUGCCAAUACACAUAAAUCUUUAAAUAAAGGGCUGUUAUUUUUUCCUUUUUCCACAAUUUUUUUCCCCUCAAUCGGAGCCUCUUAAUUUUGGAUUUACAAUUGCUUAGAGGGAGGAGUUUGGGUCUUCCUCAUAACUCAUCCUCAUCAAAACACCUGUGCCUCAUUUAAACUGAGACACCUGCCUGAGAGAUCCAGUUCCUGGGGGUGAAGUGGCAAGAUGGAUGUCAUCAGAUCACAACAGAAGUCAUCAAUAAGAUCACAACAAUGGCUCCACUGACCAGCAAGAAGGAAACACAAGCUUUUCUGGAUUUCUGGAGAAUGCAUAUCCCCGAGUACAGCCAGAUCAUAAGCCCUCUCUAUCUGGUAACCCGCAAGAAGAAUGAUUUCCAGUGGGGUCCUGAACAACAGCAAGCAUUUGAACAGAUUAAACAGGAGAUUGCCCAUGCUGUAGCCCUUGGGCCAGUUAGGACAGGACCAGAUGUGAAGAAUGUGCUCUACUCUGCAUCUGGGGAUAAGGGCCUCUCCUGGAGCCUCUGGCAGAAGGUACCUGGAGAGACCCGAGGCCGCCCACUUGGAUUCUGGAGCCAAAGCUACAGAGGGUCAGAAGCCAAUUACACUCCAACAGAAAAAGCAGCUUAUGAGGGAGUACAAGCUACCUCAGAGGUGAUUGGCACAGAAGAACAGCUCCUCCUGGCACCUCGGCUGCCAGUGUUGAGUUGGAAGGCGCCCUCUACACAUCCUACCACUGACACUACAUGGAGUAAGUGGAUCACUCUGAUCACGCAACGCGCCCGCAUUGGAAACCCAAAUCGCCCUGGGAUCCUAGAAAUCAUCACAAACUGGCCGGAAGGUGAGAUUUUUGGUUUAGUAGAUGAAAAAGAAGGAGAGCAGGUGGUACAGGCUGAGGAAGCCCCACCAUAUAAUCAACUACCAGAAGAAACACGCUAUGUCCUUUUUACUGAUGGUUCCUGCCGCAUUGUAGGGAUGAAACGUAAAUGGAAAGCAGCUGUAUGGAGUCCCACACGACAAGUUGCAGAAGCUAUGGAAGGAGAGGGUGAAUCAAGCCAAUUCGCAGAGCUCAAAGCUGUCCAGUUGGCACUGGACAUUGCUGAACGAGAGAAGUGGCCAAAACUUUACCUCUACACGGACUCAUGGAUGGUGGCCAAUGCCCUGUGGGGGUGGUUGGACAGAUGGAAGAAGGCCAAUUGGAAACGUAGGGGAAAACCCAUCUGGGCCGCUGAUAUAUGGCAAGACAUCGCUACCCGGGUAGAGAAGCUGAUUGUGAGGGUCCACCAUGUAAAUGCCCAUGUGUCCAAAAACCGAACUGAUGAGGAACAUGGCAACAAUGAACAGGCAGACUAAUGACUGAAUGAAUUACGAAUUCCUGGCUUAGUGGACAGAAAUCACUUUAUUCCCCAUCAUGCAGAGUUUUUAUAUCAUUCACUUCCCACUGGGAGUGGUUGGGCAAAUCAAGGUAGAACACAGUUGCAUGCCACACAUCAAUGACUCUCACAGGCCGGCCUGUCACACACACACACACACACACACACACACACACACACACAAAACUUGGAGUUUCAAGUUACCCUUUUUACACCCCCUCAUGGUGAAAUUGCAAACUGGAGAACUCUGAGCUCUCCCUGGGCAGUAAAUCAUAGCUUAGAGAAAGCAACACAAGGUCAUCUGAACAUUCCUCAGGUCUUUCUCAUGCUGGCUGCUACACAGACUGAGUUGCACAAGUCAAGGUGUCACAGGUGGAUCUGGACUGACAGCACAAGGGAGAGUUGUUCUUAGCGUAAUGGGCCCAUGAUGCCUCUGGCCAUUGGGGCAGAGGUGGGCACGAGACCGAGGGGUGGAUCUAACCAUGGAUGCUAUCUCUCAGGUUAUCCAUGACUGUUAGACAUGUGCUGCCAUUAAACAGGCCAAGAGACUGAAACCCCUGUGGUAUGGUGGACGAUGGAAUAAAUACAGAUAUGGGGAGGAUUGGCAGGUUGAUUAUAUCACACCGCCACAGACCCGUCAAGGAAUGACCGAGAGAGACCGACCAAUCUCAGAGUGAGGUAUUGUGCCUUUGGUACUGCCUGCGGGAAAAAAGACUCUUUCAUUGCUGGCUGUGAAGCCAUCGGCUACUGACUGCUGCGGGCACACAUGGCUGCGAGCAGCUGUUGCACUGCUGGGACAGUCCUGCCUUCCCCCCUCCUUUCCCCCGAUGCCAAAACAGCACAGAGAACUGCUCAAAGAUGAAUUUUUAUCUUUAAGCAGCAAGGUAUUUAUUUUGAACAACGUUGGGGAACUAAAUGGACAAACUACCUCUGAAGUAUUCAGUGAAAGGUAAUUUAUACAGUUUUCGUGAGAGGUUACAACAUUUUUACAUACAUAUUAAUUUGAUUUCAACAUCUAAUCUUCAUAUUCAUAAUAGGCAGGGUUUAGGCAGAGCUUGAGGCGGAGUCUUCUAGAAUGGUCUUUUUGGGGAAACUUUUAGUGGUCCUUCUGGGUCCUCAGCCUCAGUUUUGAGUCCCUUUAAUCAUCUUCCUCGCUUGAACUUUUCAACUUUCUUUUUUCAACGACCUAGUUUCUGGAGCUUGCAAAAUCUCCUGACCCAUGGCCUUCUUAUCCCCCUCAAAUGCCCACCUUAUCUUUAUUUAUGACUGCUGGGCUGCUCAAAGAACAUCCCCUCUAUCUCUUACUUCAGUACAGUCAGCAGAACAGAACAAGCUGUUUUCAACAUGACCAGAGCAUCUUUGACAGAGCAUGGUACCAAACUCCAUCUUAGCUAAUCCUUAAAAACCAUAUUCUGUUUCACCCCCCUGCCCCGAGUUGGUGCAGGUUUCUCCCCCACACCUAGGGAAUUAGGACUUUAUUUUGUUUCUUCUGAAAGUUUUUGAUUGCACCAUUUGUUGUUUAUUCAGAUUUUGUUAAUAUAAAGCUGUUAUUUUCCUUUCCCCCGGCAGAUGGAGCUCGUUAGCCCUUAAAGGCAACCCACCUACGUCCUGAGGACCUCGCUGCCACCGUCCAAGCUCGCUUGGCCCCGGCAGAUGAACCUUAGGAUUAAAGGGUGGGCUCAGUUCCGCGCACACUGUGUCUCACCUAAAAAAUCCAAUGCGCAGGCUGGAAGGUGGAAAGACCUUCCCUGGAUCUUCACUCGCGAACACUGGCCAUUAUUUAUUUAUUAUUUUCCUUUUCCACACUUCCACCUGAAGUUUCUCAAUUUCUAAUUUGUAAUCUUUUUAAACUAAGACAAUACUUGUGUGUGGUAACUUUUUUCCUAUUUCUUCUCCAUGUAGCAAAUAUAGAGCACCUGGUGUAUGCCUUCACCUGAGGUUUAAAUUGGACAUCAAAGGCAAUUGUCGUCCUGAAUGUGGAAGUAACUGCACUGCACCUGGGAACCUUACCAGAUUUGUUGCUGACAAGCUACCUCCUAUCUCAACACAAUGCACACUGUUCCAAGUUUGACAGCCUGUGCUGCUUCAACAUGACUGCUGAGUCAGCUGCAUUGAGAAAAACAUUUGGAAUCGACAGGACUUCAUACAUCAACUAAGGCAACCUAUCAGUGUUGCCUUGAUAGCUGAGUGGUUUAAUUCCCUGACAGGAGGACUGGGACAUUUACCUUAGAGCAUUAAAUGUUUAUUCCUUUUUUCUAUAUUCUCCUUUAAGUGCCUUUGCAAUUUACCCUGUCCUACACUUCUGGCUCCAGAAGCAGUGGUCUCUUGAGCAAGGCAGUGAAAUGUGGAAAGGAAAGAGUUAAAAGCAGAAGAAUGGCGAGGAGAAUGGUAGAUUCACUCAAGUGACCUUGCAGCUAGGUGCGGCGGAUAAAAAAGAUGCUCACUCCGUCGGUUGGCAGGCAAUAGGCACUUUAUUAACAGCAGGCUUAGUUUUAUAGUAUUUUCUUCUGUCCACGCGUAUACAUGCUAUAAUUCAUUGGUCAGGUGUUCCUGUUCACAUGCUGUAGUUCAUCUUUUGAUAGGUGGUUGGUGUCCUUUAGCGUGCUUGCAAAUCUCAAAACAAAACCUGUUAUUUUCUGCAGUUCUUCCUCCUUUUCUGCUCUCCCACCUUCCUGGUGUUUACAUUCUUUUACAAGCUCACAGCUGUAACUGAUCAAAUUCAAGUCUUAAGCUGUCUACAGCCCAGCCGUUUCCCACAGCUAGGAAUGCCAAGGCCUGGAGAAUAACAGUAUGGGGAAACCCCAUAUAGUAUGCCUACUGCUGUUUAUCCUCUGUCUGUUUUGAGAAGUAGAAUUUCUGUGUAGAGAUAACAUAGGUGUUUGGAGAGACUUGGAGGCACUCUCGCAGACAUGCUUGAGCUCCUUGUUUUGGGAGAGAGAAGGUCAAAGUUCAGAGAUCCUAAAAAGCACAGGGGAGAUCACAGCAUGGUGUGCAGGCCCUUGACAAAUUGGUGCAAAGAGCAGGCCCACCGCACACUAGCAUGGACUAGGCCUAGCAGUGCCUGUGUUCCUGCUUAUGUGUCUCUGCCUAGGUGUUGCUUUGGUAUCCUCUGAUUAGCAAGGUGUAUUGGGUCUGGCUGAGCUGGAGUUCAUUUCCCCAUAGUAGCCCUCACAGUGCUGUGCUUUGCACUGGUUGCUAGAAGGGUGUUGAUAACACACCAGUGUUUUGGCUACUGCUGAGCACAACAUCCACACUGUAACAUUCCUUCCCUAAGUGAGGGCAAGAUCCUGGGACGGGACACAGCCAGGACAGCUGGCCCAAACUGACCAAAGGGAUAUUCUAUACCAUGUGUUGUUAGCUCAGAUAUAAAAGCUAAGGCAAGGAGCAGGAAGGCAGGCAUUCAUUGUCUCCAAUGGCUGCCUGUUGAGGAACCAUUACAUGUGCUGAAGCCCUGCUUCUCAAGAGUGACCAACCAUUGCUGCUCAGGGGAAAUAGAGAAUAAACCAUGCUAUCUUUUGCUUUGCUUCACUUUUGUGCCCACAAGCUUCUGCUUUGCCUUUGCUUUAAAUAAACUGCCUUAUCUGAACCCACGAGUUGUUUUUCCACCUUACUCUCUCCCCUGUCCAGUUGGGAAGGGGAGUGACAGAGCGGCUGGGUGGGCACCUGGCAUCCAACCAAAGUCAACCCACCACACAAGGUAAUGAAAUAAAUUUACUCUUUGCAUUUCA